UGCAUCUUAACAUUUCCACUCCUUCCUGGGGAGAUUCAAGAAAUCUCUCUCCCUCUUUCUCUAAGUUUGUCUGCGUGUGAGAGAUAGAGAGAUCGGAAAACCGGACAUCUUGCGCCAACCAUGUCAAAGGGAAGAUUGGAGGGGAAGGUGGCAUUGGUGACAGGAGGAGCCAGCGGCAUCGGCGAGGCCACCGCUCGCCUCUUUGCCGCCAACGGCGCCAUGGUCGUCAUCGCCGACAUCCAGGACGAGCUGGGAGCCCAAGUCGCCGCCUCCAUAGGCAACGGUAGGUGCAUUUACAGGCACUGCGACGUCAGGGAGGAGCACCAAGUGGCGGACACCGUCGGCUCCAUCGUGGAGAGCCACGGCAAACUGGACGUGCUGUUCAGCAACGCCGGCAUCAUGGAGCCCCCCGCCAGCAUCCUGGACAUGGACAUCGAGCAACUCGACUCCGCCAUGGCCAUCAACGUGCGGGGCUGCGCGGCCAUGAUCAAGCACGCGGCGAGGGCGAUGGUGGCCGCCAAGAUCCGCGGCUCGAUCGUCUGCACGGCGAGCGUCGCGGCCGGUCUGGGAGGGGUGGCGCCGCACUCCUACACGGCGUCGAAGCACGCCGUGCUAGGCCUGGUGAGGUCCGCGUCGGGCGAGCUCGGCAAGUAUGGGAUCAGGGUGAACUGCGUGUCGCCCUCCGGGGUCGCCACUCCUCUGGCGUGCCGCCCUGUGGGCGUGACGCCGGCGGAGAUCGAGGCGGCCUGCAGCGCCGUCUCCAACCUGCAGGGGGUCGUGCUGAAGGCUGCCCAUGUUGGGGAGGCCGUCCUCUUCUUGGCUUCAGAUGAAUCGUCGUUCGUGAGUGGCCACAAUCUAUGUGUGGACGGAGGGCUCUCUGCUGUCAACCAUGCCUUCUCUGUUUUCAAAUGACUAGAGAGAGACAGAGAGAAGGGAAGCCCCUACCCCUUGUUUUUCAGUACUUUAUCAUUAUGGACGUAGAAUAACUGAUACUCGUAGCUUGGAUCCAAAACUAUGACUGCACUUGUGGAGUUCCCAUAAAGACAUUGUUGCUUGUUGUAAUCAUGAAGGUGAUCUGUAUUAAAUAAAUCAGUAUCCAAUGGCCCAUAAUUCGUGGAUC